CGGAGUUUAAAGUUUGGCUUCAUUGAUGUCCACCGCCUGUCUGCGACGCGCUGCUCAGAAAUGCAAGGCAACGAGCAGCGUCUCUCGCGGACGACUCGCUCAGCAGCGAGCAGCAGCAUACUAUAGCACUAGUCAGUCGGGGGAGGAAGAAAGAGGUAGGGAUUCCGCAUCAAGCACACCCACGACACCCACGAGGGUGCAUGGGCGGACAUACUUCUCUGGGAUUCAACCGACGGGUGUACCACAUCUGGGCAAUUACCUCGGAGCCCUGCAGAACUGGGUGAAACUGCAGCGCCAGGCAGCGCCCGAUGACGAGCUUAUAUUCUCCGUCGUGGGAUGGCACGCCCUCACGCUUCCGCAAGACCGGAAGGCUCUGUUUGAAGCUCAGAAAGAUAUCCUUGCUAUCUUACUGGCUAUCGGGAUAGACCCUUUACGUUGCAUUCUCUUCUACCAAAACCAUAAUUCUGACCAUCUUGAGCUGGCAUGGCUGCUCAACUGCAUAACGCCCACGGGGAAGCUGCGUAGGAUGACUACGUGGAAGGCGAGAUUGGCGGACUCUCGUAAUGCCAACGACGAAUCCGAAGUUGAUGAAUCACUUCUUAAUGUUGGUCUCUUUACAUAUCCUGUGUUGCAAGCCGCGGAUAUUCUAGUUUAUAAAGCUACGCAUGUCCCCGUAGGCGAAGAUCAGCAGCAACAUAUUGAACUAUGUCGUGACCUCGCGGACAUAUUCAAUCGACAAUUGAAGGAUGAGACAGAUAACGUGCCUCUAUUCCCGCUUCCACGACAGCUCUUCACUCCCUCGAAACGUAUUCUCUCACUGAGGGACCCUUCCUCCAAAAUGUCCAAAUCAACUCCGGAUGUCAAGUCACGCAUAUUGCUGACCGACACUCCGGAGGAAAUUCGGGAUAAAAUCCGAAGUGCUGUGACGGACUCCAUCCAGGGCAUCACAUAUGACCCAGUCAACCGACCCGGGACGUCUAACCUCCUUACCAUCCUCGCCGCCUGCGAAGAGGCGGAUCCCGCGGAAGUAGCGCGCAGGUACUCGGGAAAGCAUCAUGGUCAUUUGAAGGCAGACGUAACAGAUGCGGUCGUCGAGAUGCUGAGACGCCCUCGUGCUGAGUUACUGAGGCUUAGAGAGGACCCGGGAUAUUUGGCGGACGUUGGCCGCGAGGGAGCCGAAAAGGCUAAGAUGCGAUCGCGUCCAACGAUGCAAAUCGUUCGGGAACGCCUGGGAUUGUUAUGAUAGUUUAUGACCCAAUAUAUUGAUAUUGGUUCUCCAGUACCAAACACCCGCGCGUCGUUAUCCUCCCUCGUUCAUCAAGGAUGGG